CGGGCGGGCGCACAGCACCGCGGCGGCGGCUGCAGCGGGCCGGGCCGCCGCGAGGGCGGGGAGGAGGGGCGGGCGCAGCGCCGGGGAGGGGGCGGCGGCGGCGCGGCGAGCUCGCCGCUCUCUCGUGAGUGUGCCUGCGCGCGAGCCGGCGAGCGGCGCGCGGGCGGCCCGGACCUCGGCGAGCGGCGGCAGCGGGAGCGGCGGCGGCGCUGACACCUCCCACCAUGGACAGCUUCGACUUAGCCCUGCUUCAGGAAUGGGACCUCGAGUCGCUGUGGGGCGAAGACAUCUUAAACCAGAGGAGUGACUCUCUAGUUGUGGAAUUCCAGUCCUCGGCCAGCAGAUGCAGGAGCGUGUAUGAACCUGAUAGAAAUGCCCUACGGAGGAAAGAACGGGAGAGAAGAAACCAGGAGACGCAGCAGGAUGUCAGCACGUUCGCGUCCAGUUACUCUCUGUUCAGUGAGCCCUACAAGACUAACAAGGGGGAUGAGCUCUCCAACCGGAUCCAGAAUACUUUAGGCAAUUAUGACGAGAUGAAAGAUUUUUUAACUGAUCGCUCCAACCAGAGUCAUCUUGUUGGCGUCCCCAAACCCGGGGUUCCGCAGACCCCCGUGAACAAGAUCCAUGAGCAUUUUGUUGCCGACUCAAGAGCCCAGACCCAGCCCUCAUCGGUCUGCAGCACCACCUCUGCCACACCAGCGGCUGUGCCUGUGCCACAGAGUAAGAGGAGCACCAUGGGCUGGCAGAAGACGGGGCACCCGCCACCGCCCGACGGCCAUCAGAGGACAACACAACAGGGCUCUCUCAGGACACUGCUUGGAGAUGGCGUUGGCAGACAGCAGCCACGGACCAAACAAGUGUGCAAUGUCGAGGUGGGGCUUCAGACCCAGGAGAGGCCGCCCGCUAUGGCCACCAAGCACAGCAGUGGCGGCCACUGCGUUCAGAACUUUCCCUCGUCUCUGGCUUCGAAGCCUAGCCUGCUGCAGCAGAAACCGACCGCGUAUGUGCGCCCAAUGGACGGCCAAGAUCAGGCUCCUGAUGAGUCUCCCAAGCUUAAGUCCUCUACGGAAACCGGCGUGCACUGCACAUCGUACAGGGGAGUCCCCGCCACCAAGCCAGAGUCGGCCAGAGCCAAGGCCAAGCUUUCCAAGUUCAGCAUCCCCAAGCAAGCAGAGGAGAGUAGAGCUGGAGAAAGCAACAGCUGUGUUGAAGAAAUAAUUCGGGAGAUGACCUGGCUUCCACCACUUUCUGCUAUUCAAGCACCUGGCAAAGUGGAACCAAGCAAAUUUCCAUUUCCAAAUAAGGACUCUCAGCUUUUAUCCUCCGGACACAAUAAUCCAAAGAAAGGUGACGCGGAGCCAGAGAGUCCAGACAAUGGCACGUCCAACACCUCAAUGCUAGAAGAUGACCUGAAGCUAAGUAGUGAUGAAGAAGAGAAUGAGCAGCAGGCAGCCCAGAGAACGGGUCUCCGCGCUCUAUCUGACAGCGCCGUGGUCCAGCAGAGCAACUGUGGAGCCUCCGUGCCUUCCAGCCAGGGCAGCAGCAGCGGUAGCAGCAGCGGCAGCAGCAGCUCCUCCAGUGACUCGGAGAGCAGCUCCGGAUCCGACUCGGAGACCGAGAGCAGUUCCAGCGAGAGCGAGGGCAGCAAGGCACCCCACUACUCCAGCCCCGAGGCCGAGCCGGCGUCCUCGAACAAGUGGCAGCUGGAUAAGUGGCUCAACAAAGUUAAUCCCCACAAGCCUCCCGUCCUGGUCCAAAAUGAAAACCACGGGCCCGAUAGCAGUCAGUACUACACCCCGGUGAAAGAGGAGGCGCAGGACUGCGGGAAGCUCCCCGACGUGUGCCCAGCUAGCCUGAGGGAGAAGGAGAGCAAGAGCGUCUGCAAGGAGGAACAGAGGCCGAGGACAGCCAACAAGGCCCCUGGGAACAAGGCAGUGAAGCAGAAGUCCCCUCCCGCGGCCGUGGCCGUGACCGCGGCCGCAGCCGCCCCGCCGCCUGCAGUGCCUGGCGCACCGGUGGACAGCGCGCCUGCGCCCACGCGCAGGUCCGCAGGCAAGAAGCCCACCAGACGCACGGAGAGGACCUCAGCCGGGGACAGUGCCAACUGCCACCGCCCUGAGGAGCCCGUGGCUGCAGACACGCUGGGGGCGAGCGUGGCCGUGGCCCCCGAGCCCACCAAAGCCAGGCCCUGCAGCAACGGCCGAACAAGCCACCGCAAGGAGCUGCGCCCCUCGGUGCCCUGCGAGAAGAGGCGCACCCGGGGGCUGAGCAGGACCGUCCCCAAAUCCAAGGAGUUCAUCGAGACUGAGUCGUCCUCCUCAUCCUCCUCCUCUGACUCGGACCUGGAGUCGGAACAGGAGGAGUACCCUCUGACCAAAGCGCAGACCGUGGCUGCUGCCGCCGCCACUGCCGCUGCCGCCACCGCCGCCGCCGCCGCCGCCUCCUCUUCCUCCUCCUCCUCCUCCUCUUCCGCUUCCUCCUCCUCCUCCUCUUCCUCCUGUGCCAGCGACCAGAGGCUAAAGGAAGCUACCAGCAGCAUCAGCACUGGGGGCGGACCCCGGGCCCCCGCAGGCCCCAUCAACGCCAGGACCACCAGUGACAUUGCCAAGGAGCUAGAGGAGCAGUUCUACACGCUGGUCCCCUUCGGCCGCAACGAACUUCUGUCCCCCUUGAAGGACAGCGAUGAGGUCAGGUCUCUCUGGGUGAAAAUUGACCUGACCCUCCUGUCCAGGAUCCCGGAACACCUGCCCCAGGAGCCAGGGGUCUUGAACGGCCCUGCUGCUAAGGACCCAGAGAGCGCACUGCCAGCAUUGGACACGCCGCCCGAAAAGGCUUUGCCAAAAUCCAAGAGGAAACGCAAGCUUGACAACGACGACGACUAUCGGGAGCCGAAGAAAGUCCAGGGGGAGAGAGAGACCUCCUCGCGAUUGAGUGCCUCCGCCAAUACCGCUCUGUCCGCGAACCACUGCAACAUGAACAUCACCAGCUUGGCAAUACCAAUCAACAAAAAUGAGAAGCUGCUCCGGCCGCCCAUCUCCCCCGUCUCAGACACGUCGAAGCACAAAUACCCCAGCGAGGACUUGCCCUCCUCAGGCCGCCCGCACGGCAACAGCGUGCUCACCUCCGCCUCUUCCAACAAGAAGCCCAAGGGCGACGGGCAGCUGCAGUCGCACGCCGCGGACCUCACGAAAGCAGCUCACAGCUCCGAAAACAUUCUCCUCCAUGGCAAGACACGGCCACAGACAGAGCCUUGGUCCCCAGGAUCCAAUGGCCACAGGGACUGCAAGAGACAGAAGCUUGUCUUCGAUGACAUGCCUCGCAGUGCCGAUUAUUUUAUGCAGGAAGCUAAACGGAUGAAACAUAAAGCAGAUGCAAUGGUGGAGAAGUUUGGGAAGGCCCUGAACUAUGCCGAAGCGGCCUUGUCGUUUAUUGAAUGUGGAAAUGCGAUGGAACAAGGCCCCAUGGAGUCCAAAUCUCCCUACACCAUGUACUCGGAAACCGUGGAGCUCAUCAGGUAUGCUAUGAGACUAAAAACUCACUCAGGUCCCAAUGCCACACCAGAGGACAAGCAGCUGGCCGCGUUAUGUUACCGAUGCUUGGCUCUCCUGUACUGGCGGAUGUUUCGACUCAAGAGGGACCAUGCUGUCAAGUACUCGAAAGCACUGAUCGACUAUUUCAAGAAUUCAUCAAAAGCCGCCCAGGCCCCGUCCCCAUGGAGCACCAGUGGAAAGAGCACUGGAACCCCAUCCCCCAUGUCUCCCAACCCCUCUCCCACCAGCUCCGUGGGGUCUCAGGGCAGCCUCUCGAGCGCCAGCUCCCUGUCCCCGACCACCAUCAUCAGCAUCCCGCAGCGCAUCCACCAGAUGGCGGCCAACCACGUCAGCAUCACCAACAGCAUUCUGCACAGCUACGACUACUGGGAGAUGGCCGACAACUUGGCCAAGGAAAACAGAGAAUUCUUCAACGACCUGGAUCUGCUCAUGGGGCCUGUCACCCUGCACAGCAGCAUGGAGCACCUGGUCCAGUACUCCCAGCAGGGCCUGCACUGGCUUCGGAACAGCACCCACCUGUCCUAGGGCCCUCGCCCUGGAGCGGGGCUGGGCUCUCGUCCCCACGGACAGCUCACUGUUUCUGGACACUGUGCUACUGAAAUUCCCAGCCACAGCAGCUACCAAGCGGUGGUGAACAGUUUCCGCAGCAUCGAGCAGUGGUUUUUCCCAGGGCGUGUGUGUUUGUAUGUGCGGGUGUACAAGAAGCCGUCUCUCAGUGUGCGCGUGUGCGUGUGUGUGUGUGUGUGAAGGUACAGCUCUUCAAAACACACACUCUAUCUAGUUUCCGUGACUCCGGGCUAGACAGAGUGAUCAGAGGUUCCUGAUGGAAGGAAACACACACAUGCAUACAUCCACGCAGUCACACACACACACACACUUUCUGUUUCAAUGCUAAACCAUGACUUCCUAGAAAGUUCAACCAAAAUCUCCCGGGUUAGGUCAGCAGGUGCAAUACCGCACACCCAGAGCGUGCCUGCUGCUUCAGAUGACCCUAGCUCUUAUAUUCUUGAUUACUUUCAGUAUUAAUACUUACUGUUCCCGAUUUUUUUUUUUUUUGACUGGCUUGUAUCCAUGGGUGAUUGACACAUGAAAACAUUUGGUUAUUUUUGUGCCAGGCCUUUACAGGUUUGCAUGUUACCAAAUACCCUGCCCUUUCCCUUACACCCCGCCCCCGACCCUGCCCCAGUGCCACAUCCUCGUUGGAUAACUGCUUUACAAGCAAAUGGAUCUGCUCCUACAAGGCUUCCCUACUCCGCCCCCAAAACGGUACGAAAAGGACACCAGGAUUGGAUAAAAACUCGGUGUCUGAAAAUUAAACAUGAAAACAACGACUCGGUUAAGACAGUGUGGUCUCCUGCACCUGGGACAGUAAAGCCUGCAGCCACAGGCACUUCUCCCUGCCUCCGGGGCCCCGUGGCUGCAAAGCCAUGUGUCAUUCGUAAGCCAAAGUGUUGCAAGUCUUUCAUUUCUACAAUAGCUGUCUUACAAAUUGCCUUGGCCACAUGGGGAUGUGGACCUAGAGUGUCCCAUCACCGGGAGCCUGUAUCUGUUGCUCAUCAGGCUGAGGGUGGUCUGCUGUUACAAUACCGUCUGAUUCUCUCUCACUCUUCAUGCAGACUGGGUCACGGCGGGCCUUCCCUGCAUUUCGGUUUGGGGACUGCUUCUCCGGCUUUGAUUGGCAAGCUGCUUAGUACACGGGAAGUUAUUCCUGCAUUGAUUGCGAUUUUGUUUGGGGUGGCAGCGAUCAGUGCACCUCGCUUAUAUCACUUGCAUCUGGUCUGUGUGCCCCUUGCCCUUCCUUCUGUUCUUUUGUUGUUGUUUUUUUUCCAAUUAAGUUUACAUUUUACUUUUUUGACAUCUUGUUUACAUUUUUUUGUCUGAAGUUUCUAUCUUUGAUAAUGUCUUGUCAUACCUGAGAUGUAGUCUUAUUAAAUGUAUUUUGAUGUAAAAUAGUCUCUUAAAACAACUUCCCAAAAAAGGGUAUUUGUUACCACACUUCAGAAAAAAAAAAAAAAACAAAUAAUAUCCUUAAGGCCUCUUAUUUGACAAAAUUACACCAGGAUGGUCUGAGAGAGAGAGACAGGUGAUGCUAUACGUGGAGCAGUCCACUUGGCAAGGCGCUGAUGGCACGAGAUUUGUAUACGAGAUGCUGAUACGUGUUUUCACUGAUACAGCUUUGCUUGCAGCGUUAACGUUUUUGUCAGCCUGAUCUGUAGGUGGGAAACAAGAUUGCUAUAAUUCACUAGUUCUGAGCACUGAUUAAAAACUGUACAAAUGAUUGAGCCACUCUGAUGAUUUGGAAUUCAUUGGAAAUGAACAAGUGAAGAGCCCUGAAGCUGGUAUUUGGCCUUGGCCUCCAAGCAUUGGGAAAGGUGAAGUGUUUCCACCCACCUGCUUCCGUCUGAGGUGUCCCUUACAGCCCUUUGUUCUUGGACUUCAGGAGCCCCUCCUGUGUGGGAAAUUUGAAUCUUAAGUGAGAAGUUUGGGUUGUAUAGUUUUGGUUGUUUUUUGUUUUGUUGGCAGAACUGCAACUAUUCUACAUACUCCUGUUGAAUUCUGAUGAAACUUUUAAACCAUCAGAUAGGGGGCUGACCGAUGGGGUCUGUCACACAUCCCCAGGGAGCUCUCCUGAUCCUGCCCACCCAUCUGUAAAGUUGCAGGCUUUGUUGUAAGGGUCCUGGAUGUAUUUAUCCAGGAAACCCCACUGAGAUAUGCAGGUGGUCUCCUGGUGGCUGUGUCCACAGUGUCUUUAUCAAUACUCUGAUGACCCGUGGUUCCCAACCAGAUGUCUUGUGUCGUGGGGUUGUGUUGGGGGCUGCCCAGAGCGUGCCAGGCCUGUCACUGUCUCCUCUCAUCGGUAGAGCUUGCUGGGCCAGUGGAUUUCUCUUGGGUUUGGCAUAGAUGAUUUUGGUCAGAAACCAUCUUCUGAUUUUUGCUUGUGAAGGUCAAGGCUCACCUGUUCUUUUUAUUUAGUUUUGCUCCAGGUUUAGAUGUCGUACUUUGCUCAUUGUAAAAAGUCAAGCAAUGCAGAAGUGUAGAAAGUAAAUUAUCUACAUCUGUGGUUGCCCCAUCCCCCGGGGACGAUCACGACUGAUGGUCGGAUGUGUCUCCUUCCAGUGAGUCCUGCCAUUCAACCAAUGUUUGCUCUCACUUCUUUUCUAUUUGAAGACUCCGUCUGUCCUCAGACACUCAGCACACGUUCAGCUGACCUUCUCCUGUCAUGACCUGAGUGGAUGCCAUCCUUUGUAAUCGGGUUAAAAUUCUCUUUCAAAGAGAGCAGGCCAAAUAUGUCCCCAGCCACAGCUUGGCAUUCAUUCCUGCUCCACGCAGACGGGAGUCAUGUUCAGAAUCAUGCCUGGAGAGAGAGGUUUGGUUACAGCAUAUUUCCAGAAACUUUCAAGUAAUGCAAAUGGACCCACUUAGACCCACUAUCUUGAGGGAAUGUACUGGAAAAAAAAUAAUCUGAAGAGUUGACAAAUUGUGUACUAGGUUGAACACGUGGAAUGCAAUGCAAUGAGACUUUCUGCACUAAAACUCAUCCUGCUAUGUACAACAAUGAUGUGUGUAUUAUAUAACAGUGAUGUGUACAUUUCUGACACCCCAUACGUAACAUACACAGUUUGUAUAAAUGCAUACAUUUAAAAAUAUAUAUGUACAAUACAGCUAACAUGAAACUGUAGUACGCCUGACGGAUAUUACUAGUGCCUAACCUUGAGUAUAAGUCACUGCGUGUUCUCAUCACCUUGGAAGUGCAGUAAUUGUUUAGAAAAAAUGAAUCAGUGCAGCCAACAUUAUUUAUGAAUCACAUCUUUGAAACUGUGCAGUAGCAUAUACAUAUAUAUUUUUAAAUAACAUUUUUCACAGUUUUCCAGAGUUACUGUUGAAAUCUGUAUCACCAAAAAAAAAAAAGCAAGAUUUUUUUAAUGAUGUAGACACCCUUCAGACCCAGUAAUCUGCGUGUGCUUUCCUAUUUGUAGAUACCCAAGAGACUUUAGCAAUCACCAGCCUUAAUGCAUGUACAGGAUAUUAUUGUGACUUAAUUUAUCUGCAGUUUUUAAUCCAUGUGACAUUGGGAUUUAUAAACGGACUUGGAUUAAAUAUGUCUGCCUUUCUAAGGUUGCAAAUGUUACAUUAAAUGAUUUAUGUUGUACAUGAGAGAAAUCGAGUUGUACGUACAAAAUGUCCAUGAAUUUUUGUGUAUAUUUUUAUAAGGAAACUGGAGAAUCAAAAGACAUUCCUCUCCGUA